GCUGAACAUGACUCUCGCCCUGAUAAAGAGAUGCAGACAGCAAACGAAGAGGACAGCCUGAGUUGAGAUGGACCCCAGAGGGCUGGUUGUGGUUCUGUGGCUCUGGAGCUCAGAAUUCUUUCAAGGUCUCCAGACAGAUGAACAAGAUACUUUCAAAGAGAUUACUCAUGUCCGGUUGAUGGGAGGAUCCAGUCCCUGUUCUGGUGUGCUACAGGUGAAGCGCAAGAGAUCUUGGACAGAAGUGGACGACAGUAAUUGGGACCUUAAAUUAGCAGACGUAGUCUGUAGACAUCUGGACUGUGGUUCGGUGGUUCAGACUUCCUCAACAAGCGAUCAAAUGGGUUGGAGAAGGGCACCAUCCUGGAUGUUGCCACCUUCCUGUCUUGAAUCUGAAUCUAGACUGAGGAAAUGUAUAACAAAAAGGAGCACAAUUCCUCGUGCUAGAUUGGGGAUCAUCUGCUCAGAAUCCGUCAGGCUGGUGAAUGGGACUAGUCUGUGUUCUGGCAGACUGGAGGUGAAGUCUGACCAGUCUGACCAGUCGUGGUCCUCAGUGUGUGAGGAUGACUUUGACCAGCAGGAUGCAGAGGUAGUCUGCAGGGAGCUUGGCUGUGGGGCGCCUUCAGUCCUCCAGGGGGCGCUCUAUGGAGACGGUCAGAGUCUAAUGUGGACCAAAGAGUUCCAGUGUGAGGGCCACGAAUCUGUUCUCCUGGAUUGUCACAGCUCAGUUACAAACACCGACUCUGCUGGCAAAGCUGUUGGACUCACCUGCUCAGAGCCCAAUGAUCUCCGGUUGGUGGGAGGAUCCAGUCGCUGUGCUGGUGAACUGGAGAUGAAACAAAUGGGAACGUGGGAAAAAGUGGACAAUGAUAUGUCUCUGUUGAAUCUAAAGACGGCCGACGUAGUGUGUGGACAACUGGACUGCGGCUCUGCUGUUUCAACCAGGAACAUAAUGAACGAAUUCUACGCAGUCAUGUGGUUGAUUAGAACAACUUGUGUCCAGCCCAAGACUGCAGUUAGGGAGUGUUUAUUGACAAUGUCUCACCUUUCCCUUUCAAACAUUGAGAUCAAGUGCUCAGAAUCCGUCAGGCUGGUGAAUGGGACUAGUCUGUGUUCUGGCAGACUGGAGGUGAAGUCUGACCAGUCUGACCAGUCGUGGUCCUCAGUGUGUGAGGAUGACUUUGACCGGCAGGAUGCAGAGGUGGUCUGCAGGGAGCUUGGCUGUGGGGUUCCUUCAGUCCUCCAGGGGGCACUCUAUGGAGAAAGUGAGAGUCCAAUGUGGACCAAAGAGUUCCAGUGUGAGGGCCACGAGUCUGUUCUCCUGGACUGUAGGAGCUCAGCUAGAAACACCGGCUCUGCUGGCAAAGCUGUUGGACUCAACUGCUCAGAUUUUACAGAGCCUGAUGAGGUCAAAUUGGUAGGCGGAUCCAACCACUGUGUUGGUGGACUUGAGCUGAAACACGAGGGAAACUGGAGACCAGUGGACAUCUAUUCGUGGGACCUGGUGUCCGCAGCAGUAGUGUGUCGACAGCUGGACUGUGGCUCUGCUCUUUCAAUAGGAAGAAGAGAUGAUUUGUAUCACCCAAAUGGAUGGAGAGUCAAAACAUCCUGUGGUCAGUCUGAUUCUACAAUCAGGGAAUGCGUAUUUAUAUAUCCUGAUUAUUCCGUGAAGAUUCUGGAGGUCACCUGCUCAGAUUUUCUAGUUCAGCCAAACAUCUCAUUUGCUACCCACACUGACGGAGUAUCCAAGGCCAUGCAGCAGGGAUUUCAGCUACUCAUGGGCUCCGAGUUCACGAUAAGCUGCUCCACCCUGCCACAGCAGCCAGGAGGCUCCUUCCAGCUUGUUUUGACCACAUCAGCUACAUCGCAGAACUACACUCUGCCAGCUGUCAAUCACUCUGCCCAUUUCCUGUUCCCUGCUGCCGACUCCACCCACAGUGGGGAGUACCGCUGUGUUUAUCACCUCUAUGUUUUCUUCCACAACUUGUCAUCUGAGAGCCAGCCGCUCCGUCUCACUGUCCUAGCUUCUGUAACACAUCUGCUCAUCCGACUGGUUGUCAUGGUGCUGAUGGUGGUGUUCAGUGCUGCCCUGUUCUGCGCUGCCCUGUUCUGCUACUGCAAGGCAAACAGUGGGACGGCGCCAAGACGAGAGGACGCACACAAAUUCGAGCUGGGUCACCUCGGUGGUGCCGACAACCUGCUGGGCGAAGAGGCAGAAGUCCAGGGGGCAGAGCAUCGACCCGAUGGACCGCUCAGCUCUCACACAGCAGUCCAACCAGGCCAGCGUUCCUCUGAAUUCACUAUUUAAUAUCACUGUCAUUGUCAGAGUUCGACCCACCCUUGUGUGUCAGGAGAGGGAAGUGCAGACUUUUCCUGGAGAAGACUCAGUAGCAGAGUAAUGGCAAAGGGUAUGAAACGUUAAUGAAUUAAAUAAUAAUAAAUACAACAUAUUGUAUAGGGGAAAACAUUGUGUAAUAUCAAUGUACAAUUGUGCUUUUAUGACUAUAUUCUUUUAUUGUUUUAAUUGCUGCACUGAUAUUUCACAUUAAAAGCAUUGCAGUGGCUCACGGGACCCUUUCCUGAUGAUCAAGUGAGGAAAAUGUGAUGUUUUGUGGUCCUGUUGCAACGUGAUAUAAUAUGCUGAGUGAACAUGAUAUCAUCUGCUGAAUGAACUGUUGCAACGUGAUAUAAUAUGCUGAGUGAACAUGAUAUAAUCUGCUGAGUAAACUGUUGCAACAUGAUAUAAUAUGCUAAGCGAACAUGAUAUAAUCUGCUGAGUGAACUGUUGCAAUGUGCAUGAGGAAUAUUACAAAAAUGCUACUGUCUGUGGUUCUUUUGCUUACGAUAAUUGUUAGGUAUGAUUUUUCAGAGAAAUACAUAACAUAUUGUACCUAUUAUAUAAGUUGA